AUGGUCAACUUGGUGGCGUAUCGGUGCACCCAAAGAGACGAAGCAGGAUUGUUUAUGAUGCAUGCUGCCCUUCCCCUUCCCAGGAUUGUUUAUGAUUCAUGCUGCCCUUCCCCUUCCCGCCGCGUGUCACAUCGCCUGCCUCAUCCCUUUUCACCCAGCUUGCCUCUACAGUUGCUCCAAAUGCGGAAGGGGGACCAAGGCUUGACCGUUAACGAACGAUACGUACUUCUUUUUUUAGAGAAGUACAAAGUAAACGGGUUGCAUCAUAUGUGUUCAAAUUUGACUAUCGUUUGUGAUGUAGACGACUGCAACACCGCACCCAGCCUUUACUACAUUUUUAACAAGUUGGGGGGCUGA